AUGGCUACGUGUCUCCCCCUCCUAACGACUUCGAAGGUGCCAUCUAGGGGCUCGUUGGACGAUAGCCAUGAUUCCUUUCCCCCUUCGAAAAGAUUAAAGUUAGAUAAUGACAGUGAUGGUGCUGUUGCCUUAAUACCGCGCUCUCGAAUUCCGCUAUCAUGGCUGGAUACGUGCCUGUCAUCUCCACGACGCAUACGACCAGGAAGCCUAUUCACGGCAAAUAUACCCGCUCUUGAGCAGAGUCUUUCCGGCGAGAAUGCCUCAUCUGUGUUGGCCGCGGCAAUUUCAGAUACGGUGGAACGCCAUUACGGCGAAGUACUGAAAGAGUACUACGUGGUUGAAAGGGUGAAGCGAUACGUAUAUGCUAUAUGUCCUCUAAGGGGCGUAGUUCAGGAAGGGGAUUUGGCAGUUGCAUCCAAAUCCAGCGGAGUUCAGGAAGAGUUUGGACCUGUUCAGUCGCCUUCCGACCCAUUCACGGACAGCCUGGAAUUUGCUACCAUUCCUGAUAUUGAUUUGUUCCAAGAAAUACCUGCUCAAGCUGUCUCCUUCGCUUUUGGAGACUCCCCGCAUGAAGACCCCGUGUCGAGCCAGUUCGACAGAACCGGGACAUCACCAGCAGUUGCAACAGAAGUAUCUCCAAAAGAGGGAGACAAAAUUGAGCUUGGCAUCAGUCUGUCUGCCGAAUAUUUCGCUGACAGCCAAAUUCUUCCGCAAACCAACACUGUUAACAAUGCCGAAGAUAUGCUUUCUACACUCAAGAUGCAAUACCUUGAAGCUUUAUAUAUAUCAAAGACAUCCGUGGCCUACUUUGCAAAGGGUCCUCUCACGCGUGCUCGAGCCGCUUUCCAGAAUCCAGAUGAUGCAUCAUCUAUGAGGCCAACGGUAUUGUAUCACUACUAUCGUUCUUGUAUUAUCCCUAUGAAAAAAAUGGAUGCGAAGUACAGGGAUUCCUUGCCAAGAAUAGUAGCAGAUAUCACCCAAUCCCAGUCUGAUGGUGAUAAGAUUGCACCUGCAAAGAAGCGUAAGAGCAAGAAGAAAACUAUUGGCAAGGACGGUUUAUAUGCAGGCGAAGAGGAGUUCAUUUCCAAGUGGUGGAAAUCUGUCUAUGAAACCAACUCGUUGGUAGAGAAGUCCGCGUUGGAAACCCAAAGGAAGAGGCUGAUCGAAGACAUACGUAUGAGAGAGACCCAGUUGCAAAUCCUCUUGAUCCUAGAGAUAAUGCUUCUAGAAGGAAGUGUUGGCAGCCCGGCCGAACUUGAUGACGAAAAUAUGGAAAAGCCUAAAAAGGCCAUCAAAAAGGCACACGAUAUGGCUACGGCAUUGGAAUUACUUCUGGACAGAUUGUGCAUUUGGCAUACAGUGAGCUCCCAUGACUUCGCGAUUGCCGUCAAUUCAGCCAAGGUGGCCACUGGACCCGGGAAACCAAAUAAUGAUAAGCUCCGUGAUUUCUGCACUGAGGUCAUUAUCCCUUUCUAUUCUGCCCGCCUCCCUGAGAAAUGUCAGGUCAUAAAUCGCAAACUAGGAGGCCCCGCCAUCUCAUCACCUGCUAGGCCUAAUCGUUCCAACCAGAAACAUUCGACAAAUCCAUUAUCAAAAUCCGCCAAGGGACAACCGUCGAAGAGGACUCUACAGCGCGUCAGAACUGACGAGAAGAUACCUGCUAGGGCAAAAGUCCCCAGCCUGGCGCGGAAUAACACUGCUCCUGCUACUGCAGAGGUGAAACGUGAGAGUAAUGACCGGUUGUCGUUUUCCACCUCUAUAGGCGGGAGGGGUGACAUUCAGAAACCGAAACGAGCCAAUAACCGGGAGGUGGAUCUUGAGGCCGUGGCCAAACAGCACGAGUCGAAGUUGAAGAGGAUGAAUCUUUUAGUGGACCAGAAACGUGAGUUGGAUGCAGCUAUCAAUGCCCUCAGAAAACCCAACAGAGAGCUUGCGGUGAGGGAUUUCGUCGAGUCUGCGGAGAAGAGAUCAGCGUCAUCGGCAGCCUCCCAUCCUAGGAAGCAAAAGAAUCCCACCCGAAAUCCUUUUGCUCAAGGAGUACAGGUUAUGGCGACGCCGAAGGGGCCGCGCAACAAAGACUGCGGAUUUGCCGACUUGCCGUCCUUGCCCAAGGCAUGGAAACAGUCAAGGCCAACCGUCAUGGCAAGCCCGAUACCUGAUCCUGAUACUCAGGUAGUGCCAUCGUCAAGUACCCGCCCUUCAAACUCAGGCAUGUUACCUAAGAGCCAGCCUAUUCUGAACUUCUCAAGAACAGAAGACCUCGUUCACGAAACACCGUCCAAACCCUCUUCAAACGGGUUGAAACCAAGUGCCACCUCUAACCCCAUGGAGAGCGGCAUAGAGGCAGAGCUGAGUCCUAUUUUGGCCCGCACAUCGAAACCUUGCUCUUACAAAUCUAGCUCUAUAAAAUUUGGCCUUGACACCUCCGCACAUUCUACAUCGGCUGAAGUGGGUGAAACUCCCCCUAGACCGAAGCAGAUGAUGUUUGUUAGCGAAUCGACGGUGCCUAGACGAGUUGACUUUAUGCAGCCAAGUACUCCCGCUAAAGGUAGUGUGCAGCAUAACAUCCCUGUCUCGACACCCCUGCGCCAGCGGGCAGGUGAUGACGCGAACAGAACGAUUAACGAAACCCCUGAAAAGUCGAUAUAUGAACGAUUGGGAUGGAAAAUGAUGAUGACGAUGACGAUGAAUUAG